CCAAACGGUCCAAUUUACAUGAACCAAAGGGGCCUAAUUGUCUUGUGCUAUCUAUUAGUGUGUACUAUUUGGCAUAAUUAUUGUUCCAUACCAAUUAUUAUAUUAAGUGUAGGGUUAGAAGCUUCACAAACUCAAACGAGAGGCAAGGAAAAAUGGCGAGAAACCUCCACGUAGUGAUGCUUCCAUGGUCUGCCUUCGGGCACAUCAUUCCUUUCUUUCACCUCUCAGUAUCUUUAGCGAGGAAUGGAGUUCAUGUUACGUUUGUUUCAACUCCACGAAACAUUGAGAGACUCCCAAAAUUUCCACCAGACGUAUCUAAUUCACGGCUUGAUCUCGUGAAACUUCCCCUACCCCAGCUCGAAGGAAAUCCCUUGCCUGAAGGUGCCGAGGCCUCGGUCGAUAUUCCGUUCGAGAAAAUACAGUAUCAGAAGGUUGCAUUCGAUGGGCUAAAACACCCCUUGGAGCAACUCAUUAUCAGCGAAUCGCCUGAUUGGAUAAUCAUCGACUUUGUAUCGCACUGGAUGGUUGAAAUUGCACGUGGGAUCCCCAUCGCCUACUUCUGCGUGUUCUCUGCCGCUUCCAAUGUUUUCCUCGGCCCCCCAGAGAGCCUAUCGAAUGAUGGCGUGAAGCGGCUACGGCCGUCUAGUGAGAGCCUCACGGUGCAGCCCCCCUGGGUGGAUUUUCCCUCCUCGCUGGCUCUUCAUGGCCACGAGUCGGCACAUUUCUACGCGGGAUUUUAUGGGGACAAUGCCUCGGGAAUCUCCGACGCUUGUCGAGUCGCCAAAGUGCUCCAAUCGUGCGACCUCGUGGCUUUUCGCAGUUGCAUGGAAUACGAAGGCAAGUACUUGAAACUGUAUGAAAAGUUGAUUCAUAAGAAGGUGAUCCCGGUGGGUCUUCUCCCACCCGAUAGGCCCGAAGGUGGGACAUCACGGUCUGAGAGCUUUCAGUGGCUCGACGGUCAGGAGCCGAAGUCCGUGGUCUUCGUCGGAUUCGGGAGCGAGUGCAAGCUCACGAAGGAGCAAGUCCACGAGAUAGCCCAUGGGCUUGAGCUCUCAGGCCUUCACUUCCUCUGGGCCCUUAGGAGGCCCAUUUGGGCGGCCCAUGAGGAUGAAGUCCUUCCAGAUGGGUUCGUCGAAAGAACAUGCUCUCGGGGGAUUGUAUGCAUGGGGUGGGUACCACAGAUGGAGAUCUUGGCUCACCCCUCAAUUGGCGCCUCCUUGUUUCACGCCGGAUGGGGCUCCGUGAUAGAGAUCCUUCAGUUUGGACAUUGCCUCGUCAUCUUGCCUCUCAUCAUCGAUCAACCGCUUAAUGCGAGGAUGUUAGUCGAGAGAGGUUUAGCCAUUGAAGUCGAGAGGAGGGGAGAUGGGUCUUUUACUGGAAAUGAAAUCUCAACUGCUUUAAGGCUUGCUAUGGUGUCUGACGAAGGGAGAGAGCUGAGGGCUAAUGCGAGAGAUGCUGCGAAAAUGUUCGGAAAUCAUGAGCUGCACCAACAAUAUGCUAGAAAAUUUGUGGAGUACCUAAAGAAUAAUGUUAGGAAGAAGACUCUUGAUUAAUGAUUGAUAUUAGAUCGAGAUAAGUACGUAAUAUAUUAAUUAUUUGAAUUGAAUAAAUGUCUCUUUAUAUGAGGAAGAAUAUAUGCAAAUUUUUGUAUUUCACAAUCAGAAAAGAGGAUCCGAGUUCGUACAACUUCUUAGUGAAAUGCAUUUCAAUUUCAUCGGAUGGAAUAAAAAAAAUCUGGUUAUGGGAAAA